AAGUGGUGGUUUGUCUGUUGAGCUCGGCGAAGGAACGAUUUUAAAAUGGGUGAUGUUGAGCAGGGCAAGAAGAUUUUUGUUCAGAAGAGUGCCCAGUGCCACGCUGUAGAAAAGGGAGGCAAGCACAAGACUGGUCCAAACCUCCAUGGUCUCUUUGGGCAGAAGAGAGGUCAGGCUCCUGGAUUCUCUUACCCAGAUGCCAACAAGAACAAAGGCAUCACCUGGGGAGAGGAGACACUGAUGGAGUACCUGGAGAAUUCCAAGUACAUCCCUGGAAUGAAAAUGAUCUUUGCUGGCAUUUAG